CUUACCCGCCCACGAGAACAGCUUCAAUAAUGGCGCAGUCAUAGCACAAGCUGCGAGGACGUGCACAAUGGAGGACCCCGACACCAUGAUCGGUCCCGUAGCGGAGGCUCUGGGCGUCACGCGCACGUGGCUGCUGAGCUCCGACGACCCCAUGCCGGAGCGCAUGGACCUGCCGGUGGGCCUGAUGGUGGAGCUGAUGGACGCUGCUGACGCCCUCUACCCAACCGAGGAGCAGCGCUGGCGGCAGCUGCGCGGCUGGCUGUCGCGUCUGACGGGCCGGCCGCCGGCCGAGUUUGAGCGUGCCGCUCCUCUUAUGGAGGCCGUGCGCCGUCAGUUCGCGCUCUCCCGCGACGAGGACCUGCAGGCGGUGACGGUCUGGCGGCGCGCCCAGCCCACACCGGCCGAGCUUAGUAAACUGCAGCUGACCGUGAGGCCGGAGAACGGGGCCCGGCUGCGGCGACUGGUCCAGCAGCUCGGCUCAGAGGAGGCCGCCAUCGAGUUCCUGCUGCAGAUGGAUGACAAUUGUGGGAAGGGCGCAUCGCUGCGACGCACGCGCUGGCCGCCCAAAGUGCACUACGAGUCGAGUCGGGGUCAGGUGAAGAUAGACGUCGGUACAGAGAUGGUCUGCGUGGUGCUGUCCCAGUUCAAACCGGCCCCGGCGCCCGAUCCCGCGCCGGAGCCAGAGCCGGAGACCGCGCUGCCGCCGCCGCCGCACAGCGCUGUCGAGGUGGUGCCUGCCACACCGAGUGUGCUGACGGUGAACGGCCACGCGGCCAGUUCCGACGAGCACUCAGCCGGCGGCGCGGCGCCGCCACUCCCCCUCGGCUCCUCCUCAGCCUAUCAGACGGUGGUUCGAGACGCCACUCUGCCCGCCCAGAUGUUCGCUGACGACGAUCUGGCAGCCGAUCAGUUCUCCGAGGUUCAGAGUCAGUUGACCUCUGUGUUGGACCAGCUGGGUGAGGACUCAAACCAGAUGUCUGACGUGCCUCCUGCCCCCGGCUCGGCGGUGCCGGCGGAUCUGAUGGCCGGAGAAGAGAAGCCAGAGACGGUGAUCACGCAGGAGACGACUGUGAGUGAGGAGAUUCCCAGUCUUGAUGACAGUUCGGCCUCUCUUGGAGCCGAGGCGGUGAUGCUGGAAGGCGAGGAGGUUUCGUUGGGGGGACAGGAGGUGGCCCUGGACAGUGAAGAGGUGAUUGAAGGACAGGAUGUGACGCUUGAGGGAGAGGAGGUAGCACUGGAAGGGGAGGAGGUAGCGCUUGAAGGAGAGGAGGUUCCCCUUGAGGGAGAGGUGGUUCUGGACCAGGAGGUAGCUCUCGAUGGUGAAGAGGUGGCUCUGGACGCCGCCGAGGGCGCCCUCGACUCUGAGGAGCUGUCGGCUGACACGGCAGGUCCUCUAGAAGACACCACCACUACCUCGUCCGACCAGGUGUCGCUACAGGCGGACACAGACCUCGGAGAGGGACCGUCCUCGGCCGAGCAGCUCACGGUGGUCACUGAGAUCACUGAGGUCACUGAGGUCACCGAACAGGUCACUGAGCAGGUCGCCGAGCCGACGGUGGAGCUGCCCGAGCAGUUGAUGGAGGCCGAGGAACCGGCUGUUGAGAAGCACAUCGCCAUCGACGCGGAACAGCUGCCGGACGCCGUCGCGGCCGACGCAGACGCCGCACAGGCGGACGAGCCGAUGGUCGAGCCUCCCGAUGAGCCGAUGGAGGUGGGAGCGGAGGGUGGCGAGGCGCCCCAGGAACCUCCCGCUGUCUGAUGGGUUGGAUAUCGGGAUAACCGCCGCUCCGCCUGGGGGCGGGCGGUGUGUGAACAGUUGUGGGGAAGGCACAAACUCCAACCUCAGACAUCUGGACUACCUGAACCUUCGGCUCGAACGAAGGGUCCGGUUCGCCGAACCUGGGGACAUUCUGCCUCACUCCGAGAGGCAGUGUCGAAACGGCGCCGGGCCGCUGGCGGUGGGAGUCUCGUAUCUGGGACGGGGAUUACAGUUUGAGCAGGAGAAUGCCACGAGGCCCAGUGUGCGUGAGUGCUUCCGUUGGUGUCGUGCGGUGAAUGCGUUUUCCCAUCGCGGUCCAUAAUGUACCCCGCCCCGGUGUGCGUUCCACAAGCAUCAUCUCUCUGCGUCCCGCGCGGGACGAUGGCGUCGGCCGGCGGUGACACGGCGCCGCCGAACGAUCAUCUGUACCGGUACAGCCAGUUCAUCAAUCAUUCAGUUCAUCAAUACACAUACAUCAGCGCAGGC